UUUUCUUCCAAUGGCAUUCCCUUUCCCUUUACCAUCCCCUUCACAGCCAAUUUAUGCUACACCAAACAGGUGCUAUUCAUGGGCCAAUUACACGGAGCUAGAUCCGCCUGGUUCACAUGGCUGUGCGGCUGUAGGCAGCUUGUCUUGAUCGCCGGAAGUUAUUACCCGAUACGGUCGAGUUCAUGAAUGUUGCCCGACAUGUUGUAACUUGGCAAAGCGAUUGGUCAGACGGCGGCUAGAUAUCAUCAACCUUCAUCCUGCACUUCCGUAUAAGACUGUAAGACGCAUAGAAAUGAAUUUGCUAACUGAGUCAUUACAGAUAUUUCUCUGCCUAGUCUAUUAGACCUGCUUAUUUCCUCUUAGAAUAAUGUCCUUCCAAAUCGGUUAUGUCGGCCUAGGUAACAUGGGUACGCCCAUUUUCCUCAACCUUGCUCGUCAUGCCAAAGCCAAUGGGUGGCCGGUUCCUUGCGCUUGGAAUAUCGACCAAUCUCGAUACGAUGAAAUCCGCGCUCAGAGUGAUCAUCUUCAUCUUUGCGAGCAGUUGAGCGAAGUCGUCGAGAGGUCUAAUGUGGUUUUCACUUGUCUUCUCAACGAUCCCGUUGCAGAAGAGGUCUAUGAGCGCCUGUUCGCCGCUGUUGGUGCCAAAGCCAAAGUUAUAUUUGUUGACCAGUCUAGUUUGAAGCCAAAAACAUCAAUCAAGCUCGAGGCGGCUGCCCACAAAGUGGGAGCAUCAUAUCUUAGUGCUCCCGUUUUUGGACGCCCAGACGCUGCCAAAUCUGCCGCUUUGGUCCAACUGCUUGGUGGCGACGCUAAAGCAAAACAGAUAGUUAAGCCCAUCUUUGUGCCGGCUGUCGCAAAGCGAGUGGUCGACGCCGGAGACGAAGUUGCAAAAGGUUCGGCACUCAAGCUUUUGGGAAAUAGUAUGAUUCUGGGAGUGGUGGAGAUGUUGGCCGAAACAUACGCUCUUGCAGAUGUUAUAGGCUUUGACCCAGAAGUCUACCAAAGCUUUAUUCGCGACUUCUUCCCUCUUUAUCCCUACAUAGCAUACGGAGACAAUAUCAGCAGGGGCGAGUUCAACGGCGUCGGUGGUUUCCGUUUGGAAGCGGGGUUAAAAGAUGCGCGCAACGCGCUUUCCUUGGGAGCGGAUUUUGGUCGCCCAGUCAGUAUGCCGACAAUUGAGCUUGCGAAAAGGCAUCUGGAGCGAGCAGAGGAACUGUGUGGAAACGACGUAGAUUGGUCCGCGCUGGCUAUUGUCCUUCGUGAACAGGCUGGUCUUGAGCCGUUUCGGGCGGGGCACAAGCCAUAGACGUUGUUGGCGCGAUUUGACACUACAGGAGACGCGUUUCCAGAUUAGAUUAUAAAUAAGCCUUACUACUACCACGAGCAGUGAUAAUUGUGGGCAUAUGCAUCCAUCGA